GGAGCGUCUGGAGCCCUUUAAAAGGGGCAGAGCCUGUGAGUGGGCUGGCAGCCCGGGUCCUGGAGAUAAGAGUGUCCUGUCUGGGACAGCAGGUGCGGGUCUCCCAGCCAGGGCAGGACAGAGUCCUGCCGAGAGUCGCCUCCGCCCCGAUGUUUACAGAGGCAGCUGCAUCCAUGUGUGACCUGGAGUCAGGCAGCGUCAAGGUGAAGGAGCCCAGAGGCAGGGGCCGGGGCCAGGGGGGCUGGUAUGAGCGGUUGGUGCAGCCCUGCCUGGUGGAACUGCUGGGCUCCGCUCUGUUCAUCUUCAUCGGCUGCUUGUCGGUCAUCGAGAACGGGCCGGACACCGGGCGGCUGCAGCCGGCGCUGGCCCACGGGCUGGCCCUGGGGCUGGUCAUUGCCACGCUGGGGAACAUCAGUGGUGGACACUUCAACCCUGCGGUUUCCCUGGCAGCCACGUUGGUCGGCGGCCUCAGGCUGACGAUGCUGUUUCCCUACUGGAUCUCCCAGCUGUGCGGGGGGCUGAUCGGGGCCGCGUUGGCUAAGGUGGUGAGUCCCGAGGAGAGGUUCUGGAAUGCGACCGGGGCGGCCUUUGUGACAGUCCAGGAGUCGGAGCAGGUGGCCGGGGCAGUGGUGGCGGAGAUCAUCCUGACGACACUGCUGGCAUUGACCGUGUGCAUGGGCGCCAUCAACGAGAAGACGCUAGGUCCUCUGGCCCCAUUCUGCAUCGGCUUCUCUGUCACCGUGGACAUCCUGGCGGGGGGUGCUGUGUCUGGAGCGUGCAUGAAUCCUGCCCGGGCCUUUGGACCUGCCAUGGUGGCCAACCACUGGGACUUCCACUGGAUCUACUGGCUGGGCCCCCUCCUGGCCAGCCUGCUUGUAGGAGUGCUCAUCAGGCUCUUCAUUGGAGAUGCGAAAAUUCGUCUAAUCCUAAAGGGACGGUGAGACUGAGAUGGUGAAAUUCCUGCCACCCCAGGGACCCUCAGUGGACCCAUCCUGGACCACAGAUCAGACAGCUCUGCAUUUCCUGCCAGGGCAGAGCCUCCGAGGAGUGACUGACACCCUUCCCCUGACUUGGGCCUGGCUUCUCAGAGGUGCUAGGUCCUUCGCAUUCCUUUGUGCUCAUCAGAGACUUCAGCCUAGGGAUUGUGUUGCCAGCACCACCCAGAGGGAGGCAGAAACAGCACAGCAGAAGAGCUUUUGACAGGGAAGGUCCCAGGACUAGAGGAGGUGACUGUUAAUGUGUCUCUGGUCAUUUCCCUCAUCCUUUUUCUCCUUCUCUUGUUCCCCAAUUUCUCUGUUACAAAAGGGCCUUCUGUGGUCUGUUUCCCUGCUGCCUGAGCUGUCAAUCCAGUUUUGCAAUAAACAGUCCAAUAUUUC